AUGAUCACUCAUAACCUAAAAAUAUAUGACGUAUAAAAAAAAAGUAUAAACACCUGUUUAUAUUUCUAUCUGCCAAAAAAUUUAAAAAAAUGUAAAAAUGUUUGAACAUAAUAACAAUUUAAAAAUAUUUAUUGUUUUAUUGAUAUGUAAGACAGUUAAUUGUUUCAUUGAUCCAACAUUAGAAACUAAAAAAAACCGGGAUCAUUAUAUAGACCCGCAUUCUAUAUAUUACAACAAAUAUACCCACCAAUUGGAAGUAAGCAGUCAUUUAAAACAACCAACUGAUGUAAUAGCAACAGAGCAAUCAUCCAAUGCGUGUAAUGUCAACAUAAAUCGCAAAAAUGAUAUUCCAGAUGAAUUAUUCUCUCGUAGAUUCGUUAAUUUGUUACUCGAGGCAACAUCUUUCGAAAAAAAUGGCAAUUUGUUGACAUCAAGUCUAACAGUCGAAUUAACGACGACAGAUUUAAUAAAAUUAAAAAAUUUUGCCAUCGGGAAAUCUACGAUACGUGAAAUAGAUUCAAUUAUUGGUCAUAUUUUUAUAAAACCAGAGAAAAUUCAUGCGCAAGAUACUUAUUCAUUUAUUAAAGAAUUUAUAUAUUUUUUAAUAAUACACAAAGAAAUAACGUUAAUAACAAUAGUUGUCCUGUGGAUUUCAUGGAUAAUAUUGACAACAAAAUGGAAUAUGUUAAAAAUAACUCUUAUUAUUUUAUUGACAGUAUUCGCAGUGAGUUUUAUUAUCACGUGGUUACAAUUAUUACGUGAAGCUGAGAUAAAGCUGACAGUGAAGCAGGUACAGUUUGCGCAGGUUCCAAUUCAAUGUAAUCCACAUAGAAUGUCAUGGUGGGAUAAAUUAUGGACAGCAUGGAAUUCUGUAGAUGAAUGUCAAAAGUAUUACGAAGCGAUGAUGGAAAAUCCAUUCCUUCAAGUGACUCCAGCACAGGCGCUGUCUAAAAUGAUAGCGACAUGUGUGGUAACACCUGUCGGGUUAAUUGGUCAUGCUGUCGGAGAUUUUGUCAAUAAUGCGACGAAAAAUCUUUGGUUCCCAAUUCGAAUGGUCGUCGCACCAUUAUUAAUAAUUGGAAUAAUAUUAAUUACUGGAAUAGUAUUGGUUGUACUCGGAGGUGGAUCUUUGAACCUUUGGGGCUUUGGGCCUUUUUCUGUUUUUUCAUUACGCGGACGUACAGAGUCAAGUAAUAGUAAUUUACCGAGUACUGAUUCACGGAAUGUAAAAUUACCGAGUACGGAAAGACAAGCUAUUCAACCCAUAUAUAAUUUCAACUUACACGGAGGUCAAAUCCACCAAAUCGCCAUUAAAAAUACAAGCGAGGAAAACUUAACAUCAGUUGAUUUCAAAGCUGAUAAAUCUGUUUCGCUUGAAAGAAGUAUACAGGCAUUAAAAAAUAAUGGGCAUGAUGUUGAAAUUAAUUUAAUAAAACCGAGUACUUCAGAGAAUUCAAAUAUUGAAGUUGAAGAAAGUAAACUAGCAUUAGAAUUAAAUAAAGUGUGUGAGUCCAUUGAUUCCAGUCCUACGGAAUUUAAACAUGAAGAGAAUAAUUUUAAAUUAAAUUCUGAUGAAAAUAGAGAAUGCACUUGUAAAAAAAAAUCUGAUAAACCAAUAUCAGAAUCUGGUGAUAAUUAAAGUUAAUUUAAAAAUUUUUUUUAAGUUAUAAAAAUUUUAUACUUAGAUAAAUAAAGACUGAUGAUUGUUAAUAAUUUUAUACUAAAAUGAAUACUACUGUAAUUUUUGCUAAUAA